ACUGAUCAGCGCUCCUACAGUAAAUAUUUGUGUUUGCCCAAUCGGCUGUAAUGGUGGACGACUGAGACCGAAAAGAGAGGAAUAAAACCACGAAUAUCGAAGUCCAGACACAACACUACGAGCCGCGAGUAGGAAUAAAGCCUCGGCGCAAAAUGGAGGAACUCAAACACCAAGUAAUGAUAAACCAGUUCGUCUUGACAGCGGGUUGUGCGGCAGAUCAGGCGAAGCAGCUUUUGCAAGCAGCACAUUGGCAAUUUGAGACUGCCCUCAGUGCCUUUUUUCAAGAAACGAAUAUUCCAUACGGUCACCAUCAUCAAAUGAUGUGCACCCCAGCCAACACACCAGCCACCCCGCCCAACUUCCCUGAUGCCCUCACCAUGUUCUCCCGGCUCAAGGCCUCAGAGAGCUUCACCACCAGCAGCCCCAUGGCCUCCAUGGCCACCUCACCCCCUCCUCCACACGGUUGCUGGGGCGUGCCCAUGCCCAUGAGCGGCCCACAGGGUCAGGGACUCUGGACUCAGGGGCAGCCCUCCUCCAACCCCGCAGCCUGGCCCACGGGGGUCACCGUUAACCCCCACACCCACCAACACCCAGCCACCGAACAGAAGGCGAGUGUGGCCAUGGAGGCCGAGAGAUGAGGGGCCAGGACUGGACGGCCCUGGGGGGAGGGAGGGGAGAGGGAUGAGUGAGGAGGAGAGGAAAGGAAAGGAAAGGUGAAGGUGUGUCUCCUUCCAAUUGAGGAUGAGAGGGUGGAGACAGCUACACAAACCAAGACAAACCAAGCAAGUACUAAACGUGGACAAUUCAAGAAGUGGAAACAAUGCAAAUAAGAAAUCAAAAGUAAACUUCUUCUUUUUUUUUAAGCGCACACACUUAGUAAUAAGGAAGAGUCCAACUGAAAUCUUUGUUUAUUAAAAAAUAUUCUCUCUCAGUAAAUGCAUAGAUAAGAGAAAUGUAUGGAACAAAAAAUAUUCAAGUCUAAGGAUUAUACUUAUGAUGUUUUCUGAGACAAGGACUUAAAGGCAGCAACUGUUUCUUUUCAUCUGUCCAUCAAGUGUUUUUCCUCCACUGGGAACCUGUUAUAAAGAGUGUGUGUGUGCUGCAUGGAGAGAGAGGAUCUGGCAGUGCAGUGUUUAUACUCUACUCAUCACAAAUGUGUUUGUGUGCAGUGUGUAACCAUCACACACGCACAGCAGAGCAGAAGAAACAGCGACCUAGUUUUCAUUACCCAUCGCAAGGUGGGACUCUUACCUCACCUAGUCGUCACCUGACUUCUUUCAGCCUAUCAGGGAUUCUCAACUGUUUGACAACGCAGGACAUUUUUUAAAACCGAUUGUGAUUUUUCAGCUCUGGUAUUUGCUCAUGAUGACGAUGAUAUUGUUCAUUGCUAUAGCUUUUCUUUCCAACGAGGGGUGAUGCUUUACUAUUAACCUGGUCUGGAAGAUAGAACUGUCCACUGCAAGGUUUCUGCAGAUUUGGGUAUUAUAUAAAAAUGGUUUGAUAUAUUAUUGUUUAAUAUGUUUUUUUCUUGGUGGUAGGGAGGGGGCAGGGUUUGGGAGGAUUUGAGAGUGGGCGGGAUUUGUUUAGGUUGUGUUUGGGAAGAGCCGAUUGGUGAGGCAAAAACAUUUAUCUACAGAAAAACCAGACUACUAUACUAUUUGUAAAGCAGAACUUGCCACUGCAUGAUGUGCUCAUAAUGUAUACUGUCUUUUGUAGCAAACAUACAUGAAACCGAGACGUGUUUCUGGCUGUGGGGACAGGGGAUACUACAUGGUUUUAUCCGUCCCCUCUGAUAUAUCAUUUGAAUAGCAGCAUUAUACAACUGGUUAUUAUCACGUGUACUGUGAUGCUGCCUAUAGUAGGCUAUGAAAGGCAUUGAUUCAAGGCAAUAUUCACAUGCAAGGUCGGCCCCAUUCAGUUUUGUUGUCGUUGGGUUAUUUAAAUUGAAUAAAGAAUAUAAAAUAAAACCUAGCUAGAAAUAUUUUUGAAUGUUAGUUUAUCUUUCUUUGACAAUAUAAUGAUAAUAAUGAUAAUGAGUAAACCAUCAUUAAUUUGACUAAAAUAAUGUUUCAGUUCAUCCCUUUUCCACCAUUUUGUUUGAAUCCAGGCGUCUCGGGAUGGCCUGUCCCUGAAUGGUUUCUCAUGUAUGUUUCCCCCUGUAUGACUGUAUCGAUAUACCAUUUCCACAAUAUUUGUGGACUACCUGAUAAUUAACUUAUCAUUUUUUGUGUUCCUAAAUAAAUAUUGUAUGUUGACCUUCAA